AUGCCACCAAGACGUCCUCACGACCAACAAAUGGCAGGAGAACCGGUGAAUGAUUGGGGAGAGUUGAGACAAACCUUACUGGCGAUGCAAGAGAACAUGCAAGCUACCAUUCAUGACACGGUUCAAGAGGUAAUGGAGCUGUUUAACCCUUUUGUAGAUCUCGUCGUGGGAAUGGAGGAGAAGAUCUGA